AGCCUUUGCGUCUUAGUCAGCACCAUUAUUGAUCAUUCACCCACCACAAAGAUCUUGCUUGUCUUUGUUUUGAAGAUUGAAGUUGAACCCACAAAGCAAAAUGUUAAACAAUUACUAUGGGGUCUGGUCGGAAGGAUGAGAGUUCUUCCUUGGAAGAUGCUCUUCUACUACAGAACGGAGUCAGUGGAUUCUAUGCAGGAGAUGGUUCAGUAGACUUCAACGGGAAACCUGUUUUGAAAAAUAAAAGUGGAAAUUGGAAGGCUUGUUCUUUCAUUCUAGGCACUUUUUUCUGUGAACGCCUGGCCUUCUAUGGGAUUUCGACUAAUCUUGUUAAUUAUCUAAUUGAAAAACUACACCAAGGAAAUGUUUCUGCUGCCAGAAAUGUUACAACUUGGCAAGGCACUUGCUAUCUUACUCCCCUCAUUGGAGCUAUCUUAGCUGAUACUUACUGCGGUAGAUAUUGGACUAUUGCUGGUUUCACCACAUUUUAUUUGAUUGGACUGUGCACAAUAACUCUCUCGGCAUCUGUUCCUGCAUUGAAGCCUGCAAAAUGUAUAAAUUCCAAAUGUCCUUCAGCUGCACCAGCACAGUAUGCAGUAUUCUUCUUCGGACUCUAUAUGAUUGCACUGGGGACUGGUGGGAUCAAACCAUGUAUUUGGCCAUUUGGGGCAGAUCAAUUUGAUGAUACUGAUCCUAGGGAGAGGGUUAAAAAGGGUUCCUAUUUCAACUGGUUUUACUUUUCUCAAAACAUUGGUGCUAUCAUAGCCGCUAGUUUACUGGUAUGGAUUCAAGAAAAUGUUGGCUGGGGUUUGGGCUUUGGAAUUCCCACAUUGCUCAUUGGCUUUGCUAUCGUAAGUUUGUUUUUAGGGACACCCUUUUAUAGAUUCCAGAAAUCAGGAGGAAGCCCUCUAACAAGGAUAUGCCAGGUUCUGGUUGCAUCAUUCCGUAAGAGAAAUGUGGCUAUGCCAGAGGAUGGUAAUCUCCUCUUUGAAACACAAGAUAUAAGCUCUGCUAUCAAAGGCAGUCGUAAACUGGAGCAUACCGAUGAAGUAAGGUGCCUUGAUAAAGCUGCUUUGGUGUCGGCUGCUGAGAUUGGAACUGGGGAUACCUAUGAUCCAUGGAGGGUUUGCACUGUAACACAAGUUGAAGAACUGAAGAUUUUAAUCCGAAUGUUUCCAAUAUGGGCAACUGGGAUUGUAUUCUCUGCUGUUUAUGCCCAAAUGUCAACACUUUUUGUGGAACAAGGAAAGAUGAUGAAAAGGGCUAUUGGUUCUUUUACCAUUCCUGCUGCCUCUCUGUCUUUCUUCAACCACAUCAGUGUUAUAAUCUGUGUUCCCAUCUAUGACAGAGUGAUUGUCCCAAUUGCAAGAAAAUAUACAGGCAAAGAAAGAGGCUUCUCGCAGUUGCAACGAAUGGGAAUCGGCCUUUUCAUUUCGGUUAUAUGCAUGUCAGUUGCUGCUUUGGUAGAGAUCAAGAGACUACAACUCGCAAAAAUUCUCGGAUUAAUCCAUGUAGAAGUUUCUGUACCAUUAAGCAUACUCUGGCAAAUUCCCCAGUAUGUCUUGCUGGGAUCAGCGGAGGUUUUCACAUUCAUAGGGCAGCACGAGUUCUUCUACGAGCAGGCGCCGGACGCUAUGAGGAGUUUGUGCAGCGCACUGUCACUUUUGACAAACUCUUUGGGUAACUAUCUUAGCUCUUUGAUCUUGACAAUUGUGAAUGGUAUCACAACUGAAGGUGGGAAAACUGGAUGGAUUCCAGAUAACUUGAAUGAAGGACAUCUUGAUUAUUUUUUCUGGCUUUUAGCUGGUCUGAGCUUCUUAAAUAUGAUAGUCUACAUGGUUUUUGCCAGAAGGUAUAAGGAGAAGAAGACUUCUUAAAAUGUGUUUUCAUGGAAGGUGGUUUACAUUAAUACUUUCUAGGUUCUGCUGCUAAUAAUAAUAUUUGGCUUUCCAGUUCAAUAUGGAAGUGUUUCCGGUGUUGAAAAAAAAAAAUUAGUGGCAAUUAGUUGGAAAGUCUGGAUAAUGAGAACAAAUAGCAUUAUUCGUUAAGGCUCUUGGAGUAGUUCUUUUCCAUCUCAAUUUAACCAUUUAAAUAGAAAGGUCAUUUGUACAAAAAUAAAACAGAAGGGAGAGAGAGAAGAAGAAAUGGGAGAAGAAUAACUAGAACUCAAAGAGUGACGUGAAAUAAUAAUGUUUACACAUGCAAGUUUGGCUUA